CUAUCGAUAUUUGGUUGAUUUGGCAGCCCUGCAGUAACACAAAUGUCCAUCUCUAGGACAUGGCGAUGACACAACCAUAAAAAAAAACCGCACAAAAACAAUUAUAUUGUUCCAAUUGUUUCCGAUAAUAAAAGUACUAAUUUCCUUUUGCUUUGUGUUAAAUUUAACGCGCUUUUCCGCUUUACUAUUUCCUGUCCUUGAGGCCAAUUUGCCCUGAAAAAUGGAGUGUUCCAGUAACAAUGCGGAAUCUGGUGAAGUUGCCAUUGUUAAUGCCAAUGACAUCGACGAUCACGUGAUCAUCGAUGAUUACAAGAUUUGGAAGAAAAAUAUACCACUUCUGUACGAUGAGAUUGUGACACACGUGCUAGAGUGGCCAUCCUUUACGGUCCAGUGGCUGCCCGGUGCAACCCGGCAGGACGGCGACGAAUACUCGAUGCAUCGCCUCAUUUUGGGCACAGACACGGCGAACAAAGUGCCGAAUCACUUGAUGAUUGCCAGCCUGCCGAUACCCAGCGAGGACGCGCAGACUGCUAGGUCGCACUACGACAACGAGAAGAGCGAGUUCGGUGGCUUUGGUUCGGCGAUCGGCAAAUUCGAGGUAGAGGUCAUCAUCAACCACGAAGGUGAGGUGAACCGUGCACGCUACAUGCCACAAAACUCUUGCAUUAUAGCCACCAAAUCGCCAAAGAGCGAUGUCCUGGUGUUCGACUACACCAAGCACCCGAGCAAGCCGGACAGCUCCGGCCAAUGCGUUCCAGAUCUACGCCUUCGCGGCCACACAAAGCAGGGCUUUGGCCUCGCCUGGAAUCCCAAAGGGACGGGCAGCUUGUUGUCGGCCUCUGAUGAUAAAACAAUCUGCCUGUGGGACAUCAAUGCCACGCCCAAGGCACAUCGCGUGAUCGAUGCCAAGAACAUUUUCAAGGGACACAGCGCUCCAGUUCAGGAUGUCGCCUGGCACUGUCAGCAUGACUCGGUCUUCGGUUCCGUGGCCGAUGAUCGCAAGCUUAUGAUCUGGGACAUACGCAACGGCGAGACCACAGAACCAUUGUCUAUAGUCGAUGCUCACGCGGCCGAAGUCAAUUGUCUGUGCUUCAAUCCCAUGUCACAGUUCACAUUGAUCACGGGGUCCGCCGACAAGACUAUUGCCUUGUGGGAUAUGCGCAAUCUGGGCAAGAAAUUGCACUCCUUUGUCGGGCACAGCGGUGAAAUCACUCAGAUCCAAUGGUCGCCCGUAAAUGAAACCAUCAUCGCUUCCGCCUGCAGCGCUCGCCGCUUGAACGUAUGGGAUUUGUCGAAAAUUGCCGACGAACCAAGCCCAGAAGAUGACGAAGAUGGGCCACCAGAGCUGCUCUUCAUCCAUGGUGGACACAUGUCCAAAAUCAACGACUUCUCAUGGAGCCCCAGUCUCAUUUGCCCCUGGAUCAUGUGCUCCGUGUCCGACGACAAUGUUUUGCAAGUGUGGCAAAUGGCCGAAAGUGCGCUCCUGGACGAGGAGGAUGCCUUAAAUGCAUUCUAG